CACUAUAGUUAUAAUGAGAAUGUUUUCUGUGCAGCCGGUAAUAUGUUGGAUAAAUAUAAUGAACGACCUGUGGCUACAUCCAUUUGUUGUCUUUGUCAUUGUAAAAAAACGUACUCGCCAGAAUCCCUGACAUUUUGGUGAGUUAUUUAUAUAUAUUUUUUUUAACUGUGAGAGUGUUCGUAACACAAUGAAACAUGCAAAUAUAUGACAGUGUCCACCAGCGUUUCUUUGGAGGAGUCACAAAAAAAAGAAUGUGAGAAUUGCUUAAAAUGCCAGUGGAAUCGAAUUUAUUCGCUUCAAUUCGGUUGAAAGUGCAAAUGGUUCUCACAACGGACAGCAGAUUCUGACUUUUAAUAGUGAUUGAAAAAUUGCCGCUACGAUCAGGGAUCGUUCAGAGAUAUAGUUCCCCAUUAUUAUGGAUGAUUGAAAAAGUACGCACAGUACUGCUGAUGGAAUCACAUUGAAUAACAUUUACAAUAUAUAUAGGCAUGUAAGCAUGGCGAACAAAGUUCUACUUGUUCUGUUGUGGAUAACAGCAACAGUGGAUUGUCUGAGUGGACGCUUGUAUAAUAUGACAAAUUUGCUUAUACAGUACACGGAUUACUGUGGCAGUGAUUCAGUUUGCUCUACCAUGAACAUUCGGACUGAUUUUAACAGCAAUUAUACCCCUGCAAAUAUAUGCCCAUUAUGUUCCUGCACACAAGAUUGUGAAGUGAAUGAUGAAUGCUGCUUAGAUAAAUCUCUAAGUACUUGUGUGAAAACAAUAUACUAUGUGAAUGGUCAAAGAUUCAUAGGAAAUGAUGAAUUCAAGAUGAUAACGUUUUGUCCGGAAGAAAAUAAUACAUCAUCUAAAGUUAGCUGCUUUGUACCAAUUGACGAGACUAAUUUUGUUCAACAGAUGCCCGUUUAUUCAGUUAUCACAAACAGAACGUAUGUAAAUAUCCAGUGCUCUAAAUGUCACGGGGAAAAGGAAACCAUUCAGUGGCCUUUCUCUAUUUCUUGUCCAUUUCUGAACUUAAAUUUACAUUUCUAUUCUGACCUUGGCAAGAUAUGGAAAGAUAUUAAACGAUAUAAUUGUUCAAUAGAAUUUACACCUGUAGCAGGUAGCUACACCAUUCCCUGUAAAAAGCAGUCUAUGAUCAAAGAAUGUAAUGUCACUGGAUAUUGGGACAAAUAUGACGAGGAUGUCGAAAUCGCUUGUAGGAAUUACAAUAUCCAGUACGGACUUUUUCAGAAUGUUUUCUGCUUUCUCUGCAAUACAGGAACUAAACAAAGACAUAACAAAGAUAAGUCUAUUGAGAAUGUACAUAUUCAACAGAAUAUAUACCAAUACACAAAUAGACAAACUGAAGAAAGCUUAUUGGAAAAAAGCACAGUAAAAUACAAACGAAGACUUUAUUUUACCGAAACUGAAGUAAAAAUAUCAGAAGAAUAUAAUUUCAAAAAGAAGAAAUAUACUGCUAGAGUCGAAUUUCUUUCAUGGGAUGUAGUAAACAAUAUUGAACAGUUAUUGUCCCUACAGAAUCUUACAUAUGAUAAACAAGUCUCAGAGGAGCGGGUGAACUUGUCAGCUUUGUACGAAGAAUAUUUAAGAGCUGGUGGGUACCAGGAUUGGUGCCAAGAAAAUCAUACAGUCAAUAAAAUGUAUCCUGGUUUCAAAAGCAGGAGAUCUUGUUCCUGUGAUCGGGAAUGUUACAAAACUGAGUCUUGUUGCCCGGAUGUUGCGUAUUAUCAACGCUGGGCGUGUAAACCUGCAUUUUUAGGGAGUAAUGCUUACAUUCAAAGUUUUGCAUUACAUGUAUAUAAUUAUUUCAUCAGUAAAUGUCCAGUUAAUUACACUAAUUAUGAUAUAAAACUUAGAUGUGAACAGAUAGAAGAUUAUGACAUGCUUUACACUCCCGUCAUUAAUGUUCAAACAAACGAAGCCUACAAAAACCAUUACUGUUAUUUUUGUCAUAAUCAACACAAAAUGGCGAGUCAAAAUUCAACGGAGGUAAAAGCUUGGAACAUGAAGCUUGUUUGUCCAAACUUUAUUUUUCCAGAGUUUAUUUCCUCAAUGAAAAAGUUGCUGCAAACUGCAAAACUUUUAAAUUGUUCAAUAACUUUUACGACAGAAAAUAACGUUACCAGUUGUACACCGAGUAGUCAAUUAAUCAUAGGAAAAUGCAAUGUAACCGGAAUGGCAACGUCAGUGAGUGAAAAUGCCCGGAUUAUGUGUGAGGAUCCAACAAUGACAGUGAUGGCAAAGUCCAGCAACUACUACUAUAGAAACCAAAUUUGUGACCUUUGCAACAAUAAAGUUUAUGAAGAACCAAUAUCAAAAUGUAAUUUAUUUGGAGAAUCGAAAUUACCUAACACCGACAAUACAUCCUUUCGAUGCGAGCAUGGUGAACUAGACACAAGGUCUUAUCCGUUUAAGAAUAUGUAUUGUGUGCGCUGCAACCCUGUAAUCCGUGUGACUAGUGUUAAGGACAAUGAAUGGAGCAUUCCUAAUUUCUCCUACCGGGAACUAUUUUCUAUUUAUAGAACUGUAGAUAAAAUGAGCGACAUAUCGAAAGGAGAGUGUUCAGAAAGAGAGUAUUACGAUGCAUAUAAGACUCGUUGCAGAAAGUUAUAUUGCUCGAGGGGGAAGUUUUUAGAAAAGUCUUCCUGCAUUUAUCUUAUUACGCAUGCAGAGAAGGUAGGCUAUAACUUGGCUCUGAGAGUCAUGUUGUCUAUUGGCUCCGAAGAACUGAGUUUCUUUUCCACUUUGACGGAUCUUCAAACACUUAUUCAACAAGAAAUACAUGAAGGAGAGCUUUAUGUUACUGAAAAAUAUGUUUAUUCGAAUAAAUCUUGCGAUUUUUUACAAAUGUCAUCAAAUCAAACGUCAGAAGAAGCCAUCGUUUACUUUGGACUUGGCAUCAAAAAUAGCAGCUCUCCGAUCAAUCGCAGAGAAUUAGAGUUGCAUUUUUUGAAUUUGACUUAUCGUUCAUUUAUAAGUAAUGGAGUAUCUGUUUCUUUUAAAGAAAGUUUAGAGGCAUGGUUUCUUCCCUUACUGAUUCGUCAACAAUUGUCAAAUCCACACGGUUGUUACUUUAAAUCAAUAACUAGUAAUUCACAAAUUACAUUGGACAUUAAUAAAUUACUGAUAUGUACCCAAAUUCAAUUAGAGGAAGACGAGUAUGUUUUUUCAGAAGAUCAUACUUCCAUUUAUGUAGCAACAAUUAACCGAAACUUCAAAAUAAACGAAUUUCUGCGUAGUGAAAAUAACAGUGUCCGAAUUUGUUCAGAUUCCUACAAACAAUUCCAGCACUCUUUAUCUGCAUCAACAAUAGCAACAGUUAUGGGAUCAAUUUUGAUGGUAGUGACAUAUAUCAGUACUAUUCUUUCACUUCUAUCGUUGUUUUUAACCUUCCUGAUUUACUGCAUGUUACCUGUUUUGAGGACGGUCCCAGGCAAAAAUAUAAUGUGCUUUGCGCUCUCUCUUUUCAUUGCCCAGUUAUUGUUUCUAGUACGAUCUUCUAUUGACGAUAGGACUUUGUGCGCUUGUGUAGGUGGUCUGACACAUUAUUUUUGGAUCUCCGUAUUCACGUGUACAAAUGUGUGUUGUUUUCACAUGUUUAAACUUUUUGUUGGUAAUUCCCUGGUCCGUGGUGAUGAAUCUGGCGAUAGAAAAUUAUUCAUAACAUACUGUGUUAUUUCCUAUCUGUUGCCUGUUUUCCCAAUUGUUAUCAACAUGCUCCUUGAGUAUGGUGUAGGUAAAUCCGAUCAAUUUGGUUAUGGAGGAAGUAGAUGCUUUCUAAAGAGUCAUUUAGCUUUACUUCUUACAUUUAUUUGUCCAAUCAUUCUCCAAAUUAUAUUUAAUAUAGUCAUGUUUUCAAUAACGUUUCAUUAUAUUCGUAACACUCCGAAAAUACAAAGUUCACAAGACAGAAAUGACUUUUCUAUCUUUUUGAAACUGUUUUUACUGACCGGAAUAUCAUGGAUUUCUAUGGUGGUGGACGGAUUCUUCGAUAUAUCCCUUUUUACAUUCUUGGCUACUAUUAUUAAUGGAUUGCAGGGUAUGUUUUUGUUUCUUUCAUAUGUCUGUAACAAGAAGGUAUUCAACAUGUUAAGAAACAGAUGUGGAAAUCAACAAGAAAGUCUCUCCACCAGUAAUAGGAAUUCUACGUCGCUUGUUACGGGUCAGAAAGGUCAAAAGCGUUUCUAUGUAAAUUGUCAGCGAGAUAAAAAUGAUGUAACUGAUAUAACUGAGAUUUAAAUGCUCGACAUUUAUAAUUUUGCAACAAUGUACGUACUUUUUAGCUUUAUCUUUUCUAAAAAGUUAUUUUAUUACUUCUGAAAAUAUUGUACACAAUAAUGAAAUACAUGUAUAACUUGUAUAAUAAAACAGGGGUAAACUGUUGAA